CUCUUCCUCGCCGGCGGCAAUGGUUCCGCAGGGCCAGAGCAGCUCACUGCAGCGCCUCCACCAGGUUGAGAAGCGGAUAGUGCUGCUGGUGGAGCUCGCAGGGGCGGCCAUGGAGGAGCUGGGAAACUCGCAGGGAACCCUCACCGACGCCGUAGGUGGCCAGUGCCGCGAGUUCAUGCUCUCUAUGAAGGAAAUCCAAACAACAUUGCGCGAGGAAAUAAAAAGUGCUUACGGAUAUCGUCCAUUUGAGAAGUGUGACUACAGUGCAAGGACUGCUAACGAGAUUUGUUGCAAGAAGCUGGAGUAUGUAAAUGAGAAGAUGGAUGCCAUGCAACUGAGCAUCGAGCAAAGCACUAAUGAAGUUUAGCUAUGAAUUGGAAAUCUAAUACACUAAUGCCUGCUGCUUAAGACGUGAAGUGGCGAGUUCCAAGGCAGCAUGUGGCUUCCUGACUCCAAUUUCGUAUGUUCCAUUCUUGCUAUACCUACCAGACGUGUUCCUUGUUUAAUCUUACUUUCAUUUAGUGAUUUAGAUGACCAUAACGUAAUAUAUCCUAGAAAGGAAGAUAUAUUACUAAUAUGAUGGCACUUCUGCUGCACAUGUUGUUCAUUCAUACAUGCCAAACUAUUACAACUAUUUCCGAUUCUUCAGUUGUACUUCCACUUGUCCUUAAAUGAAGUUGGCUUUCAGAUCCUUCAAGUGUAUUUCAUCUUAUC